CGCGUGGUCAGCACGCGGGGGCUUUGACGCCUCUUUUCCAAAAUUCUGCUUUCGCCCACAGCUCGCAUGGUCCAUUCCAUCCACACUUGUUUGUCCCCUUGUCCGUAGCCCCUCGAGGGCGCCCCAUUUCAACCAUGCUCCCUAUAAACACUUCAACUGCACGCCAACCAGUUCGUCCUGGUUGCUAUACAUGCAAAGUGAGAAAGGUUCGAUGCAAGUCUGAAGCGCAAGAGAGCUCAUCAGACGGGCUAUCUAGCUGUGCGUCUUGCAGACGACUAGGGCUGGAGUGCCGAUGGAGCGCCCCGGUGGCCGGAGAACAUUACAGCCCACCACCGAAACGACGGCAAACCAUCGAUCGGAGACGUGAGCGAUCGCGUUACAUCAAACCCACGGAGUUGAAGGGUGGCGAUAACGAGGUAUCUCGGGUGAGUGGAGGGGAGCGAAGUACCGGCUAUGCAGCGACGAGCCCAGUCGUCGACGUGCCAAGGCUUACGGAACAAGGCAACGCUGCCAAUGCCAAUCACACCUCUUCAUUGGAACUGGAUGCCUGCGUUGAUAUGCUGGGAGACCUGCCUUUCGAACUCGAGUACGGCUUGGACUUCACCCCGGUGGAUUUAAAUCUCCACCACGGGACAACCCUUCUCGACCACCGCCCGCUCUCAUUGUCUGCUGGGGGGCUUGCAGACCCCACGAAUCUCACGGAUUCGUUUCCCUCUCCACAUAGCCUGGAGCUGCAGAGUACCGCUACGCAACUGUAUCCCGAUAAGCAAAGCACGAAUGGCGAUGGCUUCUUCCCCUGGGAUAUCUCCAACAUAGGCGCCGAGGAGCAGCAUUUGAUCCAACACUAUCUGAUGACCAUGACGGGCUACGCGAAAGUGGAUGAUGGUCCGCGGGGGGCUAGCAACUUAUAUACCACUGCAUUCUCCCAAUCGCUCUCGUUCAAGCCUCUUCUGUACGCCAUUCUUGCCUUCUCCGCGUCGCAUCUAGCGUUGGAAGACCGCACGUAUGCUGUGAAGGCGUCGCAUUUCGAGCAACUCGCGCAUGACUCCUUUGAAGUGUGCAAACAGCACAACAUCUCCGAGCCCGAGAGCCUUCUCUCGGCGCUGUUUGUUCGCGCAAAGAGGGUUCAUCUUCUUGCGGGCGACGUGGAGGUCUUCCAUGCUCUUGUCAACGAAGCCGUCCACAUUACCAUGUCUGAACGCGGACAGCGGGCGUUACAGAACCUGUACUCGCUGGCCCAGCGGAUUGUGAUUCGACUAGCUAUACUAGACGCUCGCGCAUCCUGCUAUAGGCUUGGUGGGGGCAAGCUGAUCCAGUCGCUGCGCCACAUCCCGGCGAUGUCGUUCAUUUUCGAACGGGAAUCGGAUGCCGGCCCAACGGCAUCAUCGAACCACGGCAACAGCAAUCAAAACCAUGCAUUGGUUAGUCUCUUGCGGGCGGACCUGCUGCGGAUGAAGAUCGCUGAACUGGAUUUACGUCUGCGCCACCAGGCUGGAAGUGCCACCUUGACCCCUUCUCCAGUCAGUACGGAGGAGGUUCGUUCACUGCAUGGCCAGGUCGUGCAUGAGAUCCUGCACUGGGAGCAGCAAAUGCGCAACAAGGAUCACGACCUGGACGAGGCUGACUGGCUUCGCACUGCACGAAGAGAAGAUGCGGGAAUCAUGGAUGCAUCUGCAUAUGCACAGUAUCUUGUUCUGGCGGCUCUUCAUGCCGGGGUUUUGUAUCUCUAUCUUCUCUACCCUCUACGGUGUAUUCGAUGGGAGCACUCCGUCUCCCGGAUCUUGCACUGCCACCUGAAGUUCCAACACGAUCCCUCCCGCCGCGAUUGCCCUUCUUCGCUGGCGCCGUCCUCCUUCCUGCUGGCCGGGAUCUGCACCACGGACCUGAUCCAUCGCGACUGGGUAUUAGAUCGCUUUAGGAGAGGCGAGCGAUGGGGGACGUUUAUCCAGAAGGCACGGCAGGUUCUGGAAGCUGCUACGGCGAGGGGGUGUGACGACGAUGGCGUUGACAUUUGUACACUGAUGGAUCGGCUGCAGGGGCGGUUUUUCAUUUGAUCUGGGACUUAGACGUGUGUCAUUUAUAUUGAGAACGUUUUGAUUUGCUUCACAUUAUCGCGAAAGGGUUACCCCGAGGGCCUGCUUCUAGAAGACUAGAUUUCUUCAAUUCGACGCGCUCAUGUGCUUGCCAUUAUAGAAAGAUGGACUUGAACGCAGUAAAGUGCAUAUUACCCCGCAUGGAGGUCAGGGAUUGAGUGGCCUGCGAAGAAGCAAACAUGUGCGUGAUAGGAAUGGCCAGGAUAUUCAAUGAUAGGUGCUGACAG